CUUUGUGUUCCGCUGGCACUUGUCAACAAAGACAUUACCUUUAAUCUACGCGCGACGGAUUGCAGUCGCUUGGUAUAGUGUAACCUGUACACAAUAUUAUGGCAACUGCUAUUCAGGAAAAUGGCAUGAAACCGUUAACAAAUAAAUCAUUGAAUCAUGUAAAUGAUGUUAAUUUGGACAAUGCAAAUUCCUGUACAGAAGAAAAGGACAAUAGAUUGUUUGAUGGUCAACUUCAACCAUAUGUUGAUCAUGCCGAGAAACCUCAUGAAGAGAUUCUUGAAGAGCCCCAUGAAGAGCCUCCAGAACUUGAUAUUGUUAUUAACAAUGUAGUUUGCAGCUUUAGUGUAAGAUGUCAUUUGAAUUUGCGAGAAAUAGCGCUCAAUGGAUCUAAUGUUGAAUACAGAAGAGAAAAUGGGAUGAUAACGAUGAAAUUAAGGCGACCAUAUACUACAGCAUCCAUCUGGUCAUCUGGUAAAGUAACUUGCACUGGUGCAACCAGUGAAGUUCAAGCAAAAAUCGCAGCACGUAGAUUUGCCCGUUCCCUUCAAAAACUUGGAUUCAAAGUGAGAUUCAAUAAUUAUAGGGUGGUCAAUGUAUUAGGCACUUGUUGUAUGCCAUUUGCUAUCAAAAUAACAUCAUUUUCAGUACAUCACAAAGAAAAUGCUGAUUAUGAGCCAGAGUUACACCCUGGUGUCACAUAUAAGCUAAAAGAACCAAAAGCUACUCUGAAGAUAUUUUCUACAGGAAGUGUUACUGUAACAGCACCUAAUGUUGCUGCAGUCCAAGCGGCAAUUGAACAUAUUUAUCCACUAGUCUACGAGUUCCGCAAGGAGCGAACGCCAGAGGAUGAACUUGCGUUCACAACGAAGAAACGCAAGUUAGGCUUGAACAAAAGAAAACGGGAUGAGUUCCUAGAAGAUGAGCCAGAUUUGUCGUAUGAAAGUAUGAUCUCUGAUGCAGAAGAUGCACUUAACGAAGUAGAAACUGACGGCAGUUGGGACUGAUUUGUUUUAUUUUAUCGCUCUACUGUUAAAUGUGAAACUGUUGUCUAUAUCUCGUUCUUUCGAUAUGAUACUGCUCUAUGUACAAAAGUGUUAUUGCUAAAAGUGAAGUGAAGCGUACAUUCGUUUCCAUAUAGUGCAUGAACAAAUGUGUGAGUGUUAGGAAUAAAAAUAGAAAUACAUAUAUGCACUUAUGUAUACAAUAUACA